AUGAUUAAGGAAAAGUCUAAUUCUUCAAAUAAACAACCACUUUUAGUUUCUUUUGACGGAAAAUUUUUUGAUAUUGCUGAAUUUGCACCUCGACACCCUGGCGGAGAGAAAGUUCUUCAAAUCGCCGCAGGUUCAGAUAUUGGACAGUUUUUGAGAGGAGAAGAGGAAUUACUUGGAUUUAUACACAAACAUUCAUUGGGAGCUUAUAAUAUUUUAAAAAGAUAUUCUCUUGACAAACAAUUUAAAAAUGAUCCACUUAUUGAUGGCCAGGAACCAAUUUUAUUUAAAAUUGGGGAAUUAGGAGAACGUUAUUGGACUUGGUUUUAUUUUUUAUUUUUAAAUAUUGUUAUUUUUUAA